CUACACACGUGACUUUCUCCGGGCGCCAGCUUGCCAUAGUGAAACCAACAUAAGUUUGAGCAACAGGAAUGUGAAAUCGGCCGUUUAAAGGGAAAUCUGGUUCCAUGAUGAAAUGCAGGCAGCUGCGAUGGAUCCAGCCGAGGAGCCCCCGUCCAUCUUAUGGGGACUCGACCCGGUUUUCUCUGCAUUUGCUCGGCUUUUUGUCAGAGACAUCCUGCAGAUGACCGAGUCCAUACAGGUUCCAGGCAUCUAUUUCUACAACUUUCACCCGAUCUACAAAGUGGAUGUUCUUGGAACGGUUGUUUACAAGAGGGAGAGAGACGACUUCUUCUGUUAUGGAGUGGAUGAUGGUACGGGUGUUAUAAACUGUCUGUGCUGGAAAAGUAAGCUGCUGAAAGAGGAAGAGGAUCCCAAUAAAUGGACUAAACACAGUGAUGCAGACUUUGGAGGGUUCAAUCCGGUGGCCGAGCUCAGGAAACUGCGAGAGGCCCAGCAGAGGCGCUGCCGCCUGGACAUCGGAGAGCUGAUCAGGGUUCGAGGACCGGUGAAGACGUCGAGGCAGCAGAGGGAGAUAAUGGCUUCCACCUUCUAUAAGGUGGACGAUCCGGUCAUGGCGGUCCAGAUAGCCUGGAUGAUGGAGGUUCCUCAGCUCUACAGACAGUUUUAUGACAAACGCUUCGAGCUCAACGCAGCAGGAAACUCAGCUGAAAGUUCCCUGAGCAAAGCGACAAACAUCAUUAAGGACUUCCUGAAACAGAGGGAGGUGACCAAAUUUAGACCGUACGACGUCCAGGAUCUCCUGCAGCCUCUGAUCUCAAGCCAACUUCAAACACAGUCUGCAGAGCAGGAGGCUGUUGCUGGUCCGUCCGGAUGCCAGCGGCUCUGCCAGCUCCUGAAGGAGGUCCUGCAGGUCCUGCAGAACGAAGGCGUGGUUUACCGUAAGGUCAAGUCCCAGGAUGAAGUGUAUACUGUGACCACACAAGACAAAGAUCUGCUCAUAGCUGUCAAAGAUGUCAUCAGGGAGGAUUCAAAAAGAGAGAAGUAUGCAGAGAAGGGCUGCCACGUCCUGCACAUCCUCUCUGCCGUCAGGCAGCGCUACAGCCUCAACUUGAGCAAGGCAGCUCUGGAGCUGGUCCUGAAGACGCUGGAGUGCGACAGUGACAUCGUCAGCACCAGCGACAGCCACUACGUUGCGUUCUAACAGCCAUGGCCCGGAGCUGAAAAUGGAGAAGGAAUCAUAUCAGCCGGUUGCUGAUGAAUCAGUGGUUCAGAUUGAUAAGGCGAUUCAGAUGUGUUAGAAAUGUUGUACAAAUGUUAGAAAAUAAAUAAACAGAUGGCCGGAUCAGCUUGUUCUGACGCCCCGAGGCGGGAAAGCCUCCUGUGUUUGUUAGGCUUCACUUCUUUGAUGCUAUCAGAAAUAUGUGCAGCUUUAAAAUCAGUAUUUUUUUAAUCUUUUC